UCCAUCCCCGAUUGUUGUUCUGGCAAUCUGGCUGCCUGCGCUUCUCCCCUCUUCCCUGGCUCAUGCGGUUGCUUUGUCUUUGAUGCUUCUUUCGAUCUCUCAUCUCGCGACCAUCCUUUGGGGGACUGUCCAUCCGAGUCCUUAGUCCCGCAGCCACCUCCGAGCACUCGCGACCAUCCCUCCUCCGACUACACUCCGAAACCUGGCUGGGUCAUGCGUUGAAACAUCUCCCAUCCCAGUCGUUGCAUCAUGUCCUCGAAUGCAGCGGCUCUGCCUUCGCCUCCCGAGUUCGCCCCCUGGGAUAAGACACCGCGUCCUCACUCCAUCGGCGGGCUGUACUCGGGCGGUCAAGGCCGACCUGCUGGCGCUCUUCAGAACGGCCCCUCUGCUCCACAUGGUGCUCGAUCCCCGCGGUUCCCUAGCAUAAAAGACCUUCAAGAUGAAGCCGCUGCGCUGGACGUGAAUGAAUCUUCGUCGCUGGAUGAUUUACUGAGUCGAGCCCAGGAGGCAAUUCAGCAAGCUAGGAGUUUUGCCGACAACGAUCAGCCAGACACGGCCUACGUGCAAUACCUUCGUGCCUCCGAGAUCACUGUCAACAUUAUCCCUCACCAUGCAGACUACCGAGUCACCAUAAGCCAGCGCCCUGGAUGGUAUAAACAGUUCGCGAAUUUAAUGAUGGCUGUGCGAACAAAGCAAGGGACGAUGGAUGACAUUAAGCGACAGAUCCUAGAGGACAACUUUAUCAAUAACGUACAACCUUCAAGUACACCCAAACACAGUUCCCCGAGACCGGUCUCUGAGAUACUACCUGCGGGUACUUUUCGAAGCUCAAGCCCCAGAGGCCGCCGGAACGACUCGGGAGAUAAUUCAGUACGAAUGCCUAGCCCCACGGAGUUCCAGCGGUCGCUCGAUACAAAAAUGAAUAGAUUUUCAAGUCCGCCAGAGGAUGCGCUGGCACAGAGAUUUGCGAAAUUGAGAGCUUCUCCUCCUACCACUAAUGGCCUAGAUUCGGUCAUCAAUGGCCAAAACGGGGCCAUUUCUAUGCCGCUGCAAGAGAACACUGACAACAAUUCUUCUCGGCCAUCCUCCUACAUUCCUCCACGAUCACAGCAAAGCUCCGUGCUGAGCUCACCUUCGCGACGCCCUCUGGGGCCUCGCAGCAUGGGAGCUCCUCACGGCGCCCCGACGUUACCUCCUAAACUUCCCCUCAAUACGUCACUUCCCCGAGCCCCGGAUCCCACCUACAGUCCCAUAUGGUCGGUGCCAUCGCAGCCACCGUCUAAUCCCCCCAGGACCUCUACGGAGAGCUCGCGUCCUGUUAACCCGAGAUAUUCUCAAUUCACCAACUCGCCUCGCGGAAGCCCUAGCCGAAACGGACUUGACGACAAUCCCUAUAGAUCGCGGACCCCGAACGGCAUCCACCAGGUGAAGGAGGCUCGAAGCAGCACUGCAGACAUUCCACACGCUCCCACCAUUAGUGCCCAACAUUUGCUAGACUAUCUCCGGCGCUACAACAUAUUGCUGAUCGAUGUACGGUCACGCGAUCAAUAUGACGAGGGUCAUAUAUUUGCUAAAUCCGUUAUUUGCAUCGAACCGGUGGCACUGAACGAGAAUGUAUCCGCAGACGAUCUUGAGGAGCGCCUGGUAGUAUCUCCCGAACAUGAACAGUCUUUGUUUGAGCGACGCAACGAAUUCGACAUGGUGGUCUAUUAUGACCAAAACACGGGUUCUGUCAGUUACCUGGCGGGGUCGCCUGUUGGGACGACUGCGCCUCAUCUUCGGGCGCUGCAUGACACUCUUUAUGAGUUCAAUCCUUACAAGGCCUUGAAGGAUGGGCGCCCUCCAGCGCUUCUUCUUGGUGGUCUCGACGCUUGGAUUGAUCUUCUCGGGCAACAGUCCCUUGCCACAUCUACUACUGCCAUUGCCAUGGGAUCGAUCCAAGCGAGGCACAAGCCCGGGAGACCACUUGGAAGGAAACCGACUAUCGCAAGUGCCAAUUCCAGCCUGGAGGUGAGGAAGCGGCGGCUUCGCGAAUACAAGCCAUUGAAUCCCGAGGAGUUGACUGAAUGGAUGGAAAAGUCCAAGAACGAAGAGAUCGAUACUAGCACGUAUGUUGGGGAGGGCGAGCUGACCGAGGAACCGGAAGGCGAGGUUCAGGAAGAGCAGCCACCUUCACCAUUUGUGCAUACUUACGAAGACUUUCUGCGCCGCUUUCCCGAACCACACACCGUCCAGGAAUCCAUGGUGGCACCACACGCUCGAAAGCCAGUCCCGACAGCCCCUAACUAUGCAGCUCCCGUCCCCGUCGCUCCGUCACGGCCUCCGCCCGCAGUUCCUCGUCCAAGUUAUAGCGGUGUCUCAGAUGGUCGGCAGAUCCAGCCAACCCUAGAGCGGCAAAACUCUGCCACCAAGACUGCCCUGUACACGGCGAACUCGGUGUUGAAUCGAAUCAAACUCCCUCGGACCGGAUUGACGAACUUCGGGGUGACCUGCUAUAUGAACUCAACGAUCCAGUGUCUGAGCGCGACGCUGAUGCUGAGUAAGUUCUUCAUCGACGAUCGGUUCCGGUUCUAUGUGCAGAAAAAUUGGAAGGGCUCUCAGGGAGUCAUGCCAAGCCUGUUCGCGAACCUGGUCCGAUCCCUGUGGAAGAACGACGUGGAGGUCAUCAUGCCAACAUCUUUUCGGAACUUCUGCGGGCGUCUGAACCAGGAGUGGGCCAUCGACCGACAGCAGGAUGCGAAGGAAUUCUUUGACUUUGUGGUUGAUUGUCUCCACGAAGACCUCAACAUCAACUGGCAGAGGACGCCUCUGCGGCCAUUGACAUUCAGUGAGGAGGUGCAAAGGGAGAGAAUGCCCGUUCCCAAGGUUUCUCGCAUUGAAUGGGACCGGUAUUGCCAUCGAGAGGAGUCUUUUAUCUCCUCGCUCUUUGCGGGGCAGCACGCCAGUCGCCUUCGAUGUACCACCUGCCAGCGGACUUCGACGACCUACGAAGCGUUCUACAGCAUUAGUGUAGAGAUUCCUCCAUCCGGAACCGGCGAUGUUUACCAGUGCCUUCGAAGCUACUGCCAAGAGGAAUUGCUGAGCGGAGAUGAGGUGUGGAAGUGUCCAUACUGCAAGUGUGAGCGAGUUGCGACCAAGCAGAUUAUCAUCACGCGCGCCCCGCAGAUCCUGGUGGUCCAUUUCAAGCGGUUCUCGGCCUCGAAGACGCAUAGUGCCCGGAAAAUCCACACGCCCAUCGAUUUUCCUCUUCACGGACUUCGGAUGGAUGAUUUCGUCUUUGCGUGGUCGAGCCAGGUGCCGCCUUCCGAUCCCAAAGCGACCGGGCGACCGGAGAUGAUCUCCGCCACGGUGCCGCCGUUUACGUACGAUGCAUACGGCGUGCUACGCCACAUCGGAUCGUCGAUGGGGAGCGGGCAUUAUAUCUCGCUCGUUCGCGAUGCGCAGCGUCAAUGUUGGCGCCGGUUUGAUGAUCACCGGGUCACGGACUUCAAUCCUCGAGAUCUCCAGUAUAAGGAUCGGCUACAGAACGAGCAAGCAUACAUUGUAUUUUAUGAGCGAGUACCCGCCAAGUGAGGCCGGCAUUUUGAGGGGGCAACGAAAAGGAACCCGGAUUGCAUUUGCUAUGGUUGAUUGAUUUUGCUUCGUUUUGCAUGACCGCCGCCACGUGACAUGAGCAUGUAACGAUUUUUGAUUCUGUGAUAUUAGCAUGGCCAGCCAUUUCCAGCGAGUUCGAAUGACUGUAUAUAGAUAGAGAAAGAGCGAGCACCUGUUUGGAUGAGAACGACGGGCGGUGAUCCAC